AUGUCCGGGGACUACGAGGAGGACGUUUGCCGCAGCGCGCUGCGCCUGGUGCACGGCUCUGCUUCGCCCCCCGCGCUCCGCCCGCCCCACGCCCGCUGCCUCGAGUUCACCGACCUGCUGCGGCACCGCGGGCACCCGCGGCCGGCCGACACAGAGGUGUCGGUGUCGCUGCUCUCCGUCAUCGUCACCUUCUGCGGCCUGAGGUGUCAGGUGUUGCUGCUCUUCGUCAUCGUCACCUUCUGCGGCCUGGUCCUGCAGAGGCUUUUGAAGGUGUCGGUGUCGCUGCUUUCCGUCAUCGUCACCUUCUGCGGCCUGGUCUUGCUGGGUGGUGGCACCCUGAGGGAGGUGUCAGUGUCGCUGCUCUCCCUCAUCGUCACCUUCUGCGGCCUGGUCCUGCAGAGGCCUUUGAAGGUGUCGGUGUCGCUGCUCUCCGUCAUCGUCACCUUCUGCGGCCUGGUCCUGCUCGGCGUGGUGUCGGUGUCGCUGCUCUCCGUCAUCGUCACCUUCUGCGGCCUGGUCCUGCUCGGCGUCUCCCUCUUCGUCUCCUGGAAGCUCUGCUGGGUCCCCUGGCGCCACAAGGGGGGUCCCGGGGGGGCCCCCCCGAGGAAAGACCCCUCCCAAGGCGGCCUGGGGGGGGCGGGGGGGGCUCCGGGCCCUUUCGGGGACCCCCCUCCCCGACCGGGGGGACCCCCCCGAGCCCCCCCCCGAGCGCUGCUACCUGGACAUGGGGCCCUGCCCCGAAAUUGGGGGGGGGUCCCGGGGCUUGGCCCCGCCCCUGGCCACGCCCCUCCCCCUGCCCGGCUCGGGACCCCCCCAGGGCCCCCCCGAGUUUGGGGGGGACGGUGGGGGAGGGGCGGGGGGGCUGCCCAGCGUCCCCUCGCAGCAGCUCGGGGGGGGGAUGGGCGGCAGCAUCUCAAACCCCAAAUCCCUCAAAUCCAUCACCCCAAAACCAACACCAACCCCAAACCCAUCACCCCAAAACCAUCAUUGACCCCAAACCCCGCUGUGUCCCCCCAGCUCGUCGCUGCCCCCCGGUGCCCGAGGAGCCCCCUGCCCACCUGGGCCAGAUCCAGCCCGAGCUCUACAGCCCCGCCGGUGACGCCGAGCCGGGCGGUGCCCGCGGCGGUGGCCCCCGGCGGUGGCCCCGGCGGCGGCCCCGGCGGUGUCCCCGCGUCCCCUCCGUGCGGCCGCCUGCAGGUGUCCCUGCGCUACUCGUACGGCUCCCAGCAGCUGCUGGUGCGCGUCCUGCGCGCCCGCGACCUGCCGGCCAAGGACUCCAACGGCUUCUCGGACCCCUACGUGAAGAUCUACCUGCUGCCCGACCGCAAGAAGAAGUUCCAGACCAAGGUGCUGAGGAGGACGCUGAACCCCGAGUGGGACGAGACCUUCAGCUUCGGGGUGCCCUUCGCCGAGCUGCCGGCGCGGCGGCUGCACUUCAGCGUCUACGACUUCGACCGCUUCUCGCGGCACGACCUCAUCGGGCAGGUGGUGAUGGACAACCUGCUGGAGGCGGCCGAGGCGCGGCCCGAGGUGGCCAUCUGGAAGGACAUCCAGGAGGGCACGGGGGAGAAGGCCGACCUGGGCGAGGUGAAUUUCUCUCUCUGCUACCUGCCCACGGCCGGGCGCCUCACGGUCACCGUCAUCCGCGCCUCCAACCUGCGCGCCAUGGACCUCACCGGGUACUCAGACCCGUACGUGAAGGCGUCGCUGAUGGCCGAGGGCCGGCGGCUGAAGAAGCGCAAGACGUCCAUCAAGAAGAACACGCUGAACCCCAACUACAACGAGGCGCUGGUGUUCGACGUGCCCCACGAGAGCGUGCACCACGUCAGCCUCACCAUCGCCGUCGUCGACUACGACUGCAUCGGGCACAACGAGGUGAUCGGGCUGUGCCGCGUGGGCAGCGACGCCGACGGCCCCGGGCGCGAGCACUGGGCACAGAUGUUGGCGAACCCCCGAAAACCCAUCGAGCACUGGCACACCCUGGUGGAGGAGAAGGCUCUGUCCAAGGCGGCCCCGCGGGACAAAGCGGCCCCGAGAGAGGCGCUGGGCCCGCCCUGAGCGGGCGGAGCCGCCGGGCCGAAGCCAUGGGGGCCCCCCCGGCCCCCC